AGGGCGCCCCGGACUGCCACCUUUCUCUUAUUUGUGGAGGAGAGAGUUCAUUCCUAUCUCUGCAUUGCAUAGCUUCUCCUUCCUUUGUAGCCAUUAAGAGUUUUGGGUAAAUUCUGCAUCACUUCUUCUCCGGCAUGCAUCUGAAUGUCAUCUCUAGGCGUUUCCAAGAUCUGAGUAUUUCUUCUUCUUGUUGUUUUUGAUACCCCUCAGGAGAUAAAAUCUUCCCCUUAUAUUAGAGUACCAAUAUGGGGUUUGUGUUGUCGUAGUGAUUCGUAUAUGCCUCUUGGGUUGUAUAAAAGUUAAGCUUUUGUGUCAAUUUUUUUUUCUUUUGUGUAAGUUGCUCAGUUCUUGCCUUUGUGAUGAGCAGUUGAAGUGAGUAAUUAAUAAUUAUGGAGAGUAAGGUUAAACGGUCUGUGUCGCUUCCGUUAAAUCGUAGAAGAGAACCCAAUAAUCAACACACAUGCUAAAGAUGAGGAAGGUGGUUUCUUUUUCGCUGGAAGGAUGCCCCAAGAUUAUCCUGUGAAGAUGGUGUAGAAGAGGGGCUUUAUUCAAUUGGUUCUGGUAGUGGGCAUAUUGUGGAUGUUGCUCAUUUUAAUUGUAUUAUUAUUUCAUGUAUGGUCCUGCCAAACUUCAUUUGCAUUCUUUUCAGGUUGUCCAAUUCCUGUUGCUAAUGACCCUGACAAAGUAGUUAUUCCAGAAGAAAGAACACAAGAUGAAAUUGUCAAAAAGCUAACCUAUAUUACAGAGGAUAAGUUUGCGAAUGGUGGAUCUCAGUCACCCCCUUAUUUGGAGGGCAUCAAAAUUGGUUGCAAAGAGAAGAGAGUUUUAAAUUAAAACCUACCAUAAAGGUGCACUGUUGAUUUAUGAAAAAUGGUGGUGCUGAAAUGGAUCCUGCAGAUGUUGAAUAUGUCAAAAAGUGUCGGUUUGUUGUUGCAUCUGGAAUUUUUGAUAAGUAUGAUAUACCACACCAGCCUUCAAAUAUAAGUGAACAUUCUAAGAUGCUCUUCUGCUUUCUGAUGGUGGCGGAUGAGGUAUCUCUUGACUUUAUAAAGGAAAAUGUUACCACCAGGAAGGAUUCAGAUGGAGGACUAUGGGUUGAUAUAUGGCGUCUUAUUUUAUUUAAGCAUCAACCUUAUGAUGAACGUAGAAGGAAUGGAAAGGUUCCAAAGAUUUUGACUCACAGGUUAUUCCCUGAAGCACAGUACAGCAUCUGGAUAGAUGGUAAAAUGGAGCUGAUAGUAGAUCCAUUACUAAUUCUUGAAAGGUUUUCUCUUAUAUGAUUUAGUUUAUGAAGAAUUUUUGUAAUUUAUAUGUUAUUACCAUUCUUGAUGGGCCUUCAAAUUGAUUCCAUAUUUGGUUGCUGAAAAGUCAAGAAGAGGAAAAAGGAGAGGCAGAUAUUUUGUUUUUCUGCUUUAUGUUGAUGAUACUGGAAAUAGGACUUUGUUGAGUGGGAAUUUUCAGUUUCUCAUCUAAGUACUUCAAGUACAUUUACUUUGUUAGCAACAUUAUGGAGCAUAAGUUCAAAUGGAAGCAGUUGGUCAAUCAGUAUAGGAUAAAGAACAAUAGUAAUC